AUGAAACUGUAUUAUUUAGGAGUGAUCAAGACCAACAGUGAGAAGGCAGUAGAGUUGAGCCACGCUAAGGAUCUCUCUCAGUUUUCCUUCUUCGAAAAGAACGGAGUCUCACAAUUUAUGACCUUCUUUGCUGAAACGGUGGCCAAGAGAACUCCAGCCGGACAGAGACAGAGUGUCGAGGAAGGAAACUACAUUGGACAUGUUUACAGUCGAUCUGAAGGUAUUGCCUGCGUUUUGAUAACAGACAAAGAGUAUCCAGUUAGACCAGCGUAUACGUUGCUGAAUAAAGUCGCCGACGAGUAUCUGGCAGUGCAUCCACCAUCGCAAUGGGAAUCCGUUACGGUCACCACACCUUCAUUGGCAUAUCCCGAGCUAGAACAGUAUUUGCGCACCUACCAGGACCCAUCUCAGGCAGACUCCUUGUCCAGAGUGCAGAAGGAGUUAGACGAAACCAAGAUCGUCUUACAUAAGACUAUUGAGAGUGUGUUGCAGAGAGGGGAGAAAUUGGAUUCUCUGGUGGACAAGUCCGAAGCUCUAAGUUCCAGUUCUCGGAUGUUUUACAAGCAGGCCAAGAAGACAAACUCUUGCUGUUUAAUUAUGUAG